CCGCACUCCAAGGCGGUCGCAAUGACCUUCUUUCUCUUGCUUUGUAUCCGUUAAAUGAUUAAUACGAAGAAAAAUGAUGCGAACACUUUCGAUAAAGCUAAGCUCUCAGUUGUUAACCUGCAAUGGAUUUAAAUGACACAGCCCGCAAUUUAGUGUAUUGAACAUAAUCAGCUUAUCUUUUGGAACACACCUUACCUUCUGAGACAGUAACAUACAGGAUGAACACAUCAACACUAUGGACAUGUAUCAUCACUGCAAGACCCUGAGUACAUCUAUAUAGACCACGGUGAAAAACACCAUGUCAAACGUAAAGGCUAGAGCUGGAGACAAAGGCUAUGGGCCGUUCAAUGCUGACGAUCCCAAGAGCGAAGAAAACCAGAAGAACGAAGGUCCGCUAGAACCUUCAGAGAACAACAGGGAUGAAGAUUGGGGGAGGUCAUCCGCCACAACAUCCAUCUGGAGGCGUCUGUUCUGCUGCAUGGACUCGUUGUACCCUCAGCACCCGCUCCUGCCCGCCUCGGUGGUCACCCACAGGAAGAUUUCGAGAGUGGUAUCGGCGGAGUCCCUGGGCAAGGAGGCGGGGGAGGCGGACCCCAGCCCCACCGUCACCGUCCCCCUCGUCACGUCCCUAGACCAGAUGACGCCUCAGGAGAAACUGCAACACGUCCGCGCCCUCAACCGCCUCUACUCGACCUCGCCUUCUGCCUCCUCCUCGCCGUCCAUUCCUCUGGACCUCCUGCAAACCCCACUGAACCUCAGAUGCGGUCAGAAGACGAAUGGCUUGUCAGGAGACGGGCUCGGGAGGCAGGAAAGUGAGAGUCCUUCCCAUAGCAACCAACAGACUCCCUUGACAGCGUCCCCAGGUAGUGCCCGACGGCUCCCUUCCACUCCGUCAAGCAGCCCUCGCCCUGCCCGCCCAACGCAGCUAUUCUUCGCCUCUCCCUCCAUUCAUAGCAGAGACAGCUCUUCUCCCACACCCACGGGAGGCUCGACUGCUAGCACGCCCUUGACGCCCCGCAGUCGCUCUGGCAGCUGGGAGGUGGUGAAGGCCGGAUUCUCCAGUUUGAUGAGAGCUGUCACACCCACGUCUCGACCUGAAUCGAGCCUCUCCACCACAGGUCAGGGCGAUGAGAGUCAGGCGUCAGACGAGGGGCCGGAGGCGGUGAGGCCAGCCACGGGAGGUCUCGACGACCCCGCCAGGGAAUGUUACGGCGCUGUCACUCUGGCUGUGUUGGGCUGGCAGGGCCGCUGGGUGCGCGUGGGCGUGAACGGGCUGACGGGCCUGCCGUGGGUUGGUGGGUCGGGGGGCAUCAUGCUGGAGGUGGCCGUCAACCCCGGCGGUCGUUCCCGCUGGAUGGCGCUGCCUCACGCACACGGGCCCUCCAUAAACGUUAAGCUGGAGGUGCUGGCGAAGGGGCCGCGGGAGGCCAAAGCGAAGCGACGGGGCGUGGUGCGCGUCUCGGUGUGGGUGUGCGGGAGAAUAUGGAAACACGCGGCUAUCGGCACGGCUCUCAUCCCUCUUGCUGAGUCUUCGGAUUACAUCACGGCGCCUCUGCACAACCACUCCCAGCUGACGGAGGAGCUGGGGCUGGUCGAGGUGUCACUGCGCUGCGAGUACCCAGGCGUGCUAGACGAAGGCGCUAGGGCAGGGCAGGGGGAGGCCAGACUCAUUCUCGAAGUACUUAGAGCAAAAAACCUCCGGCCUUAUCACCCCGGGACCCUAGGGAAGGCGGCGCCCUCCAGGAUGAGAGAUGACGUGGAGGUGGUGUGUCGUGCUGGCCUGUGGGUGAAGGGGGAUCGCACUGAGCGGGUCACCUCCACCCCUGUCAAGCUGCCUGUCACCCAGGACCCUGUCAUCCGUACCCGAUCUGUCUUCACACUGCCCCGGAACAGUCUGCAGCACGCUGCCAUCAUCCUCAAGGUGAUAUACACAAACAAGUGGGCAGGUGAGGACAUCGUGGGCCGAGUGCAGCUAGGGCCGCUCCUGUACCUGGGCAGCUUCUCAGAGCACCAAUCCUGUACCUAUGAGCCCUCUUAUAACACCGCCAUCACCCUCUCCCACUGGGGCCUGGCACUCAAGACUCCGGGUCCCACCACCUUUUGGCACUACCUGCAGACAUGAGGUGUUGCCCCUAUCGUCAGGAGUCGUUACUAAGGACAGGUGAGAAAACUUUCGUCUGUGUUAUGGUAAAUUGUAUAUAUAGGUUCUUUCAAUAUAACAUUAUGGUUAUUUUGAACAUAAAUAAAUGUUGAACUCUUAUUAAAUGUGAUGUGAUAUACUAAUAAACAUAGCUGUUCUAUAAUUCAUGACGAACCGUUCCAUCACAACUGUCGGAUUCAACCCCCUGACGGGGCAUCGGAUCAGGUGCUUCACUAAGCUCCUCCCGCCCAGCAUCACCUAACUGGGGGCAGCGAUGGCUUGCCUUAGGUGCCUAUCGCGGCACAGGGCUCAUAAUAAAUGUAAUCAUACCGUGACAUAUUGUUCUAUCACCGCGUCUGGAUUCGAACCUCUGAUGGGGCGUUGGAGCACCUCGGGUAUCUGGAAGGUUAAAGUACAGGGUCACUAGAGACGGAAGGGGUUCGAAUCCGACCAAGGUGAAUGAAUAUUCUAUUUUAUAGAUCAUGCUUAAUCUGUAUAUAAAGGUAUAUCUAUUUUUUUACUAAAUGUGGUGUAAUAUAGUAAUAAACAUAUUUUACUUUAUGAAAUUUGCUUAAAAUGUACACUAUUUAACACUGAUUGAAGAGAAGAACCUCAAAUAUGAUUCCUAAUCAAAGUAAGAGUCUGGUUUUUAUGUUAAUUGAGGUUAUCUUGGAGCUUUUAACAGACAUAGUUUCAUUGCUCUAUGUACAUUAUAAGCGUUUGAAAGAAAUGAAAAGCCAAAAAAGAUGUGAAAAAUAAUACCCUUCCGCAAAGAAAAACAUCCGGGAAAAAUUGAUGCUGCCAGUGUCAAAACCUUGCACGGACGUAAAGCACCAGAGUGUAAAAUAUUCUUGCCUGAUUUCAACAAAUCCAUUCCUUGUAGUUGCCGAGAAAUUCUGUUUCAAAUGUUAAAUUAAACUAAAUUCAAUAAAUUUUGUAUGUAAUAAUGUUUGUAAUGUUUGAAAGAAUGCACCAAUACAGAUGGUGUGCAUCGAAAUUAUCCAGGAAAUAAUAAUACUGAAAUUCUAAAAUUUGAAAAGAUUGAUAAAUAUUUGUAGCUUGAUUACAAGUCAAGCGUGAUAAAAAAAGAUGUUGAGAAAAACGCGCGUGAAAGUUUGCACUUUUUUUUUUAAUUAUCGUCGUCACUAGUGUUAAUUUUCGAUAUUUUUCGAUUUUCCCUUAACUUUUACUAAAUGUGAUGUUUUAUACUAAUAAAUAUUACUGAUUUGUAUAUAUUCACCAUGUACAUAAUUUUAUUUUAAACUCUUAAUAGAUGUUGUGUUAUAUAUGCUACUAAUAAACAUAUGUUUACU